UGACAAAAGCGCCACACGACGACGUUUGUGUCGGCAUUGCAGGGGCAUUAUGGUACCCAUGUUUCAUCCCUGCUGAAUCCUUCCUUCACCAACAACGUACUGUGAAGCUCUCUCUCUCUCUCUUCUCUCUCUCACAUAUCAAACGCUCGCGAUUAGCGAAGAGACACUUUCUCAUUCUAAGGUUCCUUCUUCGAUCUCUCUCUGAUUAUACUAUUUCUCUCUCUCAUUCAUUCACAUUUUGACUUCUCAUGUGUUUCGGUCAUCGAUCUCUACACAUUUCAUUUCGAUUUCGAUUUAUCAAUCUUUUGUCUCUAUUUUGAGCACUGAUCUAGAAAUAGCAAUUUCAAUUUUAGUUCGAUUCUGCAAUUUCACCUGGGUUUUCGAUUUAGUGCUGUUUAUCUUUAUUUUAACACUACGAAUUUUAUUUCGAUUCUACGCAUUUUACUAGGGUUUCAAUGCUGUCUGUCUUUAUUGUGACACUGAUCUAGAAAUACCCAAUUCGUAUUUUGGUCCUAUUCUGCUAAAUUUAGUGGCUUUUGAUCCAAACUUGUUAGAUCCAUACAGUAGUUGUAUCAAUGAAGUCAUUUAUUACCUCUGUUCGUUACAAAUUUCAUACUUAAUACCAUUUGCAACGUCAAAUCUGAACCUGCAAGACCAUAAAUUUGUUCAGAUUUACUACAUUUAGCGUUUAAUUUGGGGGCAUAAACCAGAUAUGGCUUUGAUUCGAUUGGAUGCAUCGAAACAGUAUUAUGCAACGAGCAGUCUUGUAGUUGGUUAUGCUCUCUGUUCAAGCUUGCUUGCGGUGAUAAACAAGUUAGCCAUUACCAAAUUCAACUACCCAGGUCUUCUAACUGCAUUGCAGUACCUGACUUCAGCUCUAGGAGUGUGGAUUUUGGGCAAAUUAGGGUUUUUACACCACGAUCCUUUCACAUAUGACAAUGUCAAGAAGUUCAUGCCUGCGGCAGUUGUGUUCUAUCUUGCGAUCUUCACGAACACCAAUCUACUUCGUCAUGCCAAUGUCGACACAUUUAUAGUUUUCCGGUCUUUGACACCCCUUUUGGUUGCUGUUGCCGAUACCACAUUUAGGAAACAACCUUGCCCCUCGAAGUUUACGUUUUUGUCAUUGUUGAUUAUUUUGGGUGGUGCUGUUGGGUAUGUUGCCACUGAUUCAGGUUUUACCCUCACUGCGUAUUCGUGGGCGUUCGCUUACUUGAUCACAAUUACCACCGAGAUGGUUUAUAUCAAACACAUGGUUAUGAAUCUUGGAUUGAAUACUUGGGGUUUUGUGUUUUACAACAAUUUGUUGUCUUUGAUGAUGGCGCCAAUCUUUUGGAUUCUUACGGGAGAGUAUGUUGAUGUGUUUGCUGCUGUGGGAUCACGGUCUGCAAACUGGUUUGAGUUCGAUGCAUUUUUCGCGGUGUCACUGUCAUGUGUGUUUGGGUUGCUAAUUAGUUUCUUUGGAUUUGCAGCCAGGAAGGCAAUUUCUGCCACAGCAUUUACUGUCACCGGUGUGGUUAAUAAGUUUCUUACAGUUCUGAUCAACGUGUUGAUUUGGGAUAAGCAUGCUGGUCCGAUUGGAUUGGUUUGCCUCCUCCUCACCAUCGCAGGAGGCGUUCUUUAUCAGCAGACGGUUACUGGAGCUGGCAGUGCUCCACCACAGCGUGAUUCUGCAGCAUCUAAGCUGGUGGAUAGUGAAAAUGAUGGUGAUGAUUAUGGAGAUAAGGAUGAUGUGAAGGGUUUCUCUGGUAAAAUUUCUGGUGUAUAAGCAUUUUACUUGUUUUGCCAUUUCCAAAGUGGCUAAAUAGAAUCUUUAUUCCUAUUGUUAGUGACUUAAACAUCUAUCGUGUAUUAGAUGACUUGCUAAUAUUGUUCUAUUGAGUAGUUUGAUUUCCUAGUUCUCUUCCUCAUUGGUGGUUUAUAAUUUUGUUUCAGACUUGAUAUGUCAUAUAAUUUUGGUUCUCAUU